AUGGCUUCUUCACCAAGAGUUGUCCCUCUCUUAUACUCCCUUCAGCUCCUCCUUUCUUCCGGCAUUGCGGCCACCGGAAUCACCUUCUUUCACCUCCAAACAUUUUCCGUCACCGGCUUCAAGUUCUUGGGCAAGGCUCAUGUUUUCAACAACAGUAUCAGACUCACUCCAGAUCUCCUUGUCCCCAACACCGGCGCCGGCAGGGUUCUGUACAACAAGCCCAUCAGAUUCCUGCAACCUGGGAACCCAACUCCGAUGAGUUUCGCUACAACCUUUUCGUUUUCGAUUGCCAAUUUGAAUCCCAACUCGAUUGGAGGUGGUUUGGCUUUCGUCAUAUCGCCCGACGAUGAAGCAAUUGGUGACGCUGGUGGACAUAUGGGAAUUCCAACCGGUGCGGUUGCUGUUGAGUUUGAUACUUGUAUGGACGUCGAGUUCGAAGAUGUUAACGGGAACCAUGUGGGAUUGGAUCUAGGCUCAAUGGUUUCCUCUCAUGUUGCCAAUCUGCAGUCGGCCAAUGUCAAUUUACGAAGUGGUAAGCUGGUGAAAUCAUGGAUUGAUUAUUCCGGUUCAACUAAUCAACUCAACAUCUAUAUCUCAUACAGCAAUACAAAACCCAAAUCACCCGUCUUAUCAAUCACCGUAAAUCUCAAUGAAUACGUGAAGGAGUUUAUGUUUGUGGGGAUGUCCGCAUCAACACAGGGAAGCACUGAAAUUCACUCACUUGAACAGUGGAGUUUCAACUCGUCUUUUGAUUCAAAACCCGAACCAAAUUCACCACCACCAACACCAACCACCGUAAACACUUCACAGCCAUCAACAACUCCAACUGCCCAUAAAACCCAAAAACAGAGCAAAUCGGUUCAUUGGAAAUCCAAGAACCUUGUAAAGAUAAUUGCACCGUUGGGGGCGGUAGCAAUAGCAGUAGUAGUAGCAGUUGGCUGGUGGGAGUCAGAUGAUUCUUCCGAUAGCCCAAUCCAGAAGAAUGCCGCCAUGGUCUGA